AUGGCGAGCAUGGAGCCAGCUGCUGCGGGGAAGGUGCGCAUCCCGUACCUGGACUUCGCCGAAGACUUUAUCAAAGUGAUUCAGAGCGGGGAGAAGAAGGCGACCACGAGGUGUCCUGGCCCCAAAGAUACCGACGUGACAAGCGAUCUGGAGGCGAUUAUGGUCCAGGGCUGGGCCUUGGCAGUCUGCCAGGCCAAAGCCUUUGCCUUAUUGGCGUUCGACCGCGUUGAGACACGAAAGUUCGCAGACGUCGAUGACGAGCUGGCUCAGAUUGAAGGCAUGACACAAGGAGCGGAGCUGCAGAGCGCGUUGCUCCGCUUCUACCCGGAUGUGUUGCCCGAAGACGAGGUGAUUCGAUUUCAGGGUUUGUUUCGAUACACAGGUGGCCUGACAAAGGGUAUGGGGCAUCGUUUUCAGUGCUUAAGCAUCCUGAUAUCUUCAGAUUGUCAGUAA